AUGGCGGACGCACUCUCCAUCGAACAAAACAACAAGAUCCGAGUUGCGCUCGGGCUCGCGCCGCUCCCUGUUCCCGGCGCAGCCAACGAUGGCCCGGCCUUCAAGUCCGGGGAUGGCGAUGAAUCCGCGUCGUCUGACGGUGAGGAGCCAGCGAGCACGCUAGAGACCCGAGCAGCACAGGGCUACGAUAACUGGAAGGCUAUCCAGGAUGAACGAGAGGCACAUCAAAAGCGAGAGGCGAGAAAAGAUGCUAUUCGACGAGCUCGAGAGAACGCGCAGCGGAUGGCAAAGCUGGAGGGCAAGGGACUCGGCGAAGGUGGUGAAGAUGCAGAGCUGGAUACACGAUCAUGGCUGAUGCAGCAUAAGAAGAAACAAAAGAGGAUAGAAAAGGACCGUGCCAAAAGACUUGCUGAGGAGCUUGCAGAGCGAGAACAGCAGAUGGCGGAAUAUACCUCAAAAGACCUGGCUGGAGUACGAGUUGCACAUGAAAUCGGCGAUUUUGACGAGUUUGACGAGACUGGAGAGAAGGUUCUUACACUCAAGGAUACGACUAUUGAUGAGGAUGAGGAGGAAGGGGCCGAGUUGGAGAAUAUCCAGAUGCGAGAAGGUGAAAAGACGAAGGAAAGGCUGGCGCUGAAGAAGAAGCGGGUAGCGUAUGACCCUAACGAUAUGGAUGGGAGCGGCGCAAUUCUAUCACAGUACGAUGAAGAGAUUGAUGGGAAGAAGAGGAAACAUUUUACUCUUGCGUCCGGGGAUCUUACACCACAGGCCAGGGAGGCCAAACGGCAAGAUGUGUCCUCAAAGCUAAAGAUGGAGUCCGUGAAGCUAGACGGGCUGCUGGAGAAGGAAGUUGCUGCAUCAGAUUACAUGGAUGCUUCAGAGAUAAAAGUGAAGAAACCCAAGAAAAAGAAAGCCAAGAGCACCAGGAGGCGGCAUGCUGAGGAGGACGAGGAUAUAUCAACACCUGCAGCUGCAACAGAUACCAAUGGCGACCACAUGGAGAUGGAUGGGGGAGAGUCGGAGAAGCCGAGUGCUGGGCCCGCUGUACCGGCUAAACGGCCGCAGGAGGAUAUAUCAUUUGUGGAUGAUGAUGAUCUGCAAGCGUCCCUGGCCGCGCAACGGAGAGCAGCCUUCAAGAAGAGAAAGAAAUUACGCCCAGAAGACCUGGCCCGGCAGCUCAGGGAAGAGUCCGAACAAGCACAAACCGCAAUGGACGUUGAUGGAGCUGAUGGAGAUGAGGGUGGCCUGAUCCUGAACGAGACUUCAGAGUUUGUAGCCAACCUACAACGGCCGACGCUACUUGAACGUGCUCGAUCUGCCUCGCAUGAACCCACGGCUGCUGCUGCUGCUGAAACCCCAGCACUACAACCCACAGUAGAAGAAGAGACGUCCGAUGUGGAGAUGGAGCCGGACUAUACCGUGGUCGAACAGGAAGAGACCGAGCGACAGUCAGCAGAACCACAGGCGGACAUAACGGCCACCGGUCUAGAGGAAGAAUCAACCCUCGACCAAGGCCUGGGCGCAACACUAGCGAUGCUCAAACAGCGCGGUCUCGUAAUGGCAGGCGAACAAGACGGCCAUUCGAUCAACUCCCUGCACCGUGACCGCCAACGCUUCCUGGCUGAAAAACGUCGCCGUGAAGCCGAAGCAGAACGCCUUGCUAGAGCCCAGCGAGAACGGGACCGAGCAUCAGGUAAGCUUGACCGCAUGUCUGCCCGAGACCGUGAAGAGUAUGCUCGCUGGGAGAACAAGCAGCGUGACCAGCUUGAGUCUCGGGCGAUGGCGGACGUGUUCAACCGCGAGUACAAGCCCGAUGUGCAGCUGAAGUAUGUUGAUGAAUUCGGCCGACGCAUGAACCAGAAAGAGGCGUUUAAGCAUCUCAGUCACCAGUUCCAUGGCAAGGGAAGUGGUAAGAUGAAGACUGAGAAGCAUCUUAAGAAGAUUGAGGAUGAGAAGAAGAGGGAGGCGAUGAGUACGUUGGACAGUAGCCAGAACACAGGCAUGAAUAAUGCGAUGGGAGCUACUGCGAAGAAGAACCGCCAGGCCGGCGUGAGACUUGCGUAG